AUGCCUAGCAUUGGUGUGAAAUUAUACAGCGUUUUCUUCAAAUUAAUGCUGAAGCAUCGCUUGCAGAGCCGGUUGCAGGCGCCGGAAAACGACGCUGCCGGCGGCUCCUUCGGCGUUACCUCGCGGCCGGAUGAGGAAACCGCCGCCGCUGCCAAUCCUUCCUUCACCGACGGCGUCGCCACCAAGGAUGUCCACAUCGAUCCUGUUACAUCUCUCUCCGUUCGCGUUUUCCUUCCCGAUACUUGCCUCCAUUCCCCUGAGACACGAACGAGAUCCUGGGCUGGAUCAUCGAGCCCCGGAUCGGAUCCGAAUCAAGCUACAACUCGCCGGUACAGCUACGGAUCUUUGGACGGCAUGCCUGUCUCCGGCAGCAACUUGAGGCGUGCUCACAAUGCUGACAACAGAAGAAAUAGCUACGGAUAUAGCGUAGACGACAGUUUGAUAUCCGGCAACGGGAUUUACAGAGGGUACAAUCCGGUCAGCCACAACCGCCGCCGGCUGCCGGUGAUGCUGCAGUUCCAUGGCGGGGGUUUCGUAAGCGGCAGCAAUGACUCGGCCGCCAAUGAUUUUUUCUGCCGGAGGAUUGCGAGGCUGUGCGACGUGAUUGUUCUGGCAGUUGGGUACAGGCUGGCGCCGGAGGAUAAGUACCCGGCGGCAUUUGAGGAUGGGAUCAAGGUGGUGCACUGGCUCGCAAAGCAGGCGAAUCUGGCAGAGUGUAGCAAGACUUUUGGGAGCUCGAGAGGAGGAGGAGGUGUAGAUUUAAGGAGAUCGGAGGGUAGCUGGCAGGUUUCAGAUGCGUUUGGGGCUUCCAUGGUGGAGCCGUGGCUGGCUGCUCAUGGGGAUCCAUCCAGAUGUGUACUCCUGGGUGUGAGCUGCGGAGCAAACAUAGCCGACCAUGUGGCCCGAAAAGCUGUCGAGGCCGGGAGACUCGUGGACCCGGUCAAAAUAGUGGCCCAAGUCCUCAUGUACCCCUUCUUCAUCGGAAGCGUACCCACGCACUCUGAGAUCAAACUCGCAAACUCCUACUUCUACGACAAGGCCAUGUGCCUGCUUGCGUGGAAGCUAUUCUUGCCGGAAAACGAGUUCAGCUUGGACCACCCGGCAGCCAACCCGCUGGCCCCAUGCCGGUCGGGCCUGCCCCUGAAGAGGAUGCCGCCAACGCUGACGGUGGUGGCGGAGCACGACUGGAUGCGGGACCGGGCCAUCGCCUACUCGGAGGAGUUGCGUAAGGUGAAUGUGGAUGCGCCUGUCCUGGAGUACAAGGACGCGGUCCACGAAUUUGCCACGCUCGACAUGCUGCUCAAGACGCCUCAGGCUCAGGCGUGUGCUGAGGAUGUGGCCAUCUGGGUCAAGAAGUAUAUCUCGCUCAGGGGCCACGAGUUCUCUUACUGA